CGAAUACAUAGUCACCUAGUUCUUCUUUACUCAAACAGACCUUCCUAGUUGUACUACCUUGAACCAAUACCCUUCCUUCUAUUGGUCACAGUGUUUGAUUCCGUCUGCCACCAAUGUCGAUGUUAUCAACAAAGGUUCAAACCAAGCUCUGUGCGCAGAAACAGCUUGCCCAGCUAUCCAGAGCUGCGGCGACCUCGACCCUAGCAGUAUAUUCAACAGGUAUCCGCGUUGGCAUCGUAGCCUCCCAACACGUUGGAGGCUCUCGAGCCUUUUCCACAAACCCAGUAACACAGUUCCGAGAAUUUUUUCCAGUCAAGGAGACGGAGAACAUCCGUAAGACACCAGCAGCAUGGCCCCAUCACGGAUUUUCUGAAGCGGAGAUGCAUGCCGUUGUUCCAGCACACCGCAAGCCGAAGACCUGGGGUGACUGGAUUGCCUGGAAAGCCGUUCGCUCUUGCCGAUGGGGCAUGGACUUCUUCACUGGGAUGGGAAAGGAGCAAAAGGUCGACAAGACCAACCCAACAACAGCCGUAGAGACGAUCAAGCCGUUGAGCGAGGCCCAAUGGCUGCUGCGAUUCCUAUUCCUGGAGUCCAUCGCUGGAGUUCCAGGCAUGGUUGCUGGCAUGUUAAGGCAUCUUCACAGCAUCAGACGCCUCAAACGCGAUAACGGUUGGAUUGAGACGCUUCUAGAGGAGAGUUACAACGAGCGAAUGCACCUUUUGACGUUUAUGAAGAUGUGUGAGCCAGGAUGGAUCAUGAAGCUCAUGCUCAUUGGCGCUCAGGGGGUUUACUUUAACGGGCUCUUCCUAAGCUACUUGAUAUCGCCCAAGAUCACACACCGAUUCGUCGGUUAUCUCGAAGAGGAAGCCGUCCACACCUACACACUAGCCAUCAAGCAGAUCGAAGAGGGACACUUACCGAAGUGGGCCGACCCAGAGUUCAAGGUCCCUGACAUCGCGGUUCAAUACUGGCACAUGCCGGAGGGGAAGCGGACGAUGAAGGACCUGAUCCUCUACAUCCGGGCCGACGAGGCUUGCCAUAGAGGCGUGAACCACACUCUCAGCAACUUAAAACAAAACGAAGACCCCAACCCCUUCGUCAGCGUGUAUAAAGACGGCCAAAGCCCCCCGAGACCUGCCUUGAAGGCAGAGGGCUACGAGCGCGAAGAUGUUAUUUAAACCCCACCCACUAGAACGGAAUCCUCGCGGAUUCUAUCGA